UCUCCCAAGUCAAAUGUUAAAGAAACAGGCAAUCCCUACUCCCCUGUUAGUGCAACACAGGUUGAUCCUGAGGAGACUUCUCCUAGCAAACUCCCUCAAAACCUAGGCAUAAUUGGUGAUAUUUCAGGUUUUGAUGUUUCUAGUUUGUUUUACCUUGAUUCUUGUAUUCCUCGAGUUUUUGAUACUAAUCUGCCCCCUUCCCCAGUUGUUGUUUUGUCUCAGCUCGUAGGUGAAGUUGACACUCAUCCAAAAGCUGCCUAUCCUAGUGACACUCUUCCAAAAGUUGACUGUCCUAGUGAUUCAAUUGAAGUAACAGAGACGUUAGAGGAUGUGGAGGCCCUGAAUGAUAUUGUGGAUGAAGGGGAAAGGAUUUGGGGAUUAAUUUUGCAUACCUUUAGACUCUUGGUAGAGGAAGAAUUAGGGGAGAAUUUUGAAAAGGAACAAGAGGGUGACUCUCCAGUUCCUAGUUCCUAGGAAAGGGGAAGGGAGGGAGAAAGGGUAAAAACGGGUGAAAAAACAACAAAGAGAAGAAAUAGGAAGACAAGCCAAAAAAGAAAAGAGUGGAGGAACAAGAUAAAUCGAAGAAAAAGCUUGAAGGAGGGACACCUAAAAAGAGGAAGAAGAAAUUGAGUGAAGUGGGGAGAUUGAGAUGUGAAGUGGACUAUGAUACGGGGUGUUUUGGGAGAAAAGGAAAGUAGUCAGGUUAGCAAAAGGUGGUUUCUAGGGUUGCUCAUAAGUUUGGUUCUCAAUGAAGAUUAUUAGUUGGAAUGUAAGGGGAUUGGGGAGUUCUAGGAAGAGAAGAGUGAUAAGGGAAAUGCUCAGAAAAGAAAAGCCAGAUAUUGUGUUGAUUCAGGAAUCAAAUGUUUAGUCGGCUAGAGGAUUGAGUUGAGCUUUAGCACAGUCUUGGGGGGCCUUAGGGGGUAUUCUGACAAUUUGGAAAAACGAGGAUUUGGACUGUACAGAAGAAUUAAUUGGUAACUAUACGGUUACAGUGAAAUUAAGAAGAAGAAUUGAUGGACCGGAAUGGGCUUUAAUAAAUGUUUAUGGGCCAAAUUCGUAUAGAGAAAGGGAGGAAUUAGCAGCUAUAAGGGGAUUGUGGGAGGGUCCGUGGUGCUUGGGAGGGGAUUUAAAUGUCAUCAGGUUUGUAACUGAAACAAAUAACCGCAACCAUAGGAUCACCUCAAGUAUGAGGAAGUUCAACUGUUUUGUGGAUUCUUUUGAAUUGAGGGAGCUACCGUUGGUGCAAGCUGAUUUUACUUGGUCUACUUUUCAAGAAGAACGACUUUGUUGUAAAGUAGAUAGAUUUUUAUUCUCUUCAAAUUGGGAGGAAGUAUGGGGUGGUUUGGUGAUGAGGGCAGUACCUAGACCUACAUCGGGUCACUGGCCAAUUAGAUUAUCUUAAGAAAGACUAGGAGGAGGACCUUGCCCCUUUAGAUUUGAAAACAUGUGGCCGUUACAUCCAGACUUUCAAAAGAAAGUGAAAGAAUGGUGGGAAGAGGAUCAGGUGGAUUUUAGAUGGAAGGGAUAUAAAUUUUAUAAGAAACUACAAAAGCUAAAAGCCAGGAUCAAAGCUUGGAACAAAGAAGAGUUUGGUAGAAUUGAAGACAUAAAUGAAGCUAUUAGUAAAAGGAUUCAAGAACUUGAUGUUGCUGAGGCAGAGAGAGGAUUGAGGUGUGAAGAAAGGUAAGAGAGAUGGAAGUUGAAACAGGAUUUGGAGGAAAUUCUCAGAAAAGAAGAGAUAAGCUGGAGACAAAAAUCAAGAUGCAAGUGGUUGAAGGAAGGAGAUGGUAAUACAAAAUUUUUCCAUAGCUUGGCAAGUGGAAGAAAGAGGAAGAACAUAGUGGAAAGUUUGGAAUGGAAUGGGGCAAUGCUAACAGGAGAGGAAGAGAUUGCAAAAGCUUUUGUGGAGCAUUUGCAAUCCAUUUAUGACAGCCCCAAUAGAGUAAGAGAGACUCUAACUGACUUUGAGUGGCAUGUUGGAGAAAGGGAAUUGUUGGAACCCCUAGAAUGAUUUUUUGAGGUUCAAGAAAUAAAGGAGGUAGUUUUCUUUAUGGAAAGAUCAAAAGCCCCGGGCCCGGAUGGAUUCACUUUGGCUUUUUAUCAAGAUUGUUGGGACAUCUUAGGUGAUGACCUAGUGGAGGUCUUCUUGGAAUUCUUUGAAAGAGGAAAAAUAAAUGCGGGUGCAAAUGCUACUUUCAUAGCUUUGAUCCCUAAGAAGGUGCUUGCAGUUCAGCCUAAGGACUUUAGACCGAUCAGUCUGAUUGGGAGUCUGUAUAAGAUCAUUUCUAAAGUUCUUGCACUAAGAUUCAAGAAAGUCCUUCCUUCCUUAAUCUCACCGAGUCAAGGGGCCUUUGUGAAAGGGAGACAAAUUAUCGAUCAGAUUUUAAUAGCCAAUGAAUGUGUGGAUUACAAAAAAAAAAAAAAAAAGAAAAGGAGAAAAGGGUCUGAUCUAUAAACUUGACUUAGAAAAGACUUAUGCUUUUGUGGAUUGGGAUUUCUUGCUAGAAGUGUUGAAGAAUAGAGGCUUUGGGGAGAGAUGGUGUAAGUGGAUGGAGGGUUGUAUUACCUCUUGUUAGUUCUCAGUCUUAGUGAAUGGAGUAGCUAGGGACUUCUUUCCUGCAAAUAGGGGCCUUAGACAAGGAGACCCUUUGUCACCUUUCCUCUUCACCUUAGUUGUGGAUGUCCUAAGUGUCUUGAUUUCUAGGACUGAUACAAGAAAUCUACUAAAAGGUUGGAGAGUUGGGAGGCAACAAGUGAUUGGCACUCACCUACAGUUUGUGGAUGGUAUCAUUCUCUUUUGUGAAGGGGAAAUUGAGGAGAUGGAUAAUUUGAGAUUGGUGGUGAUGCAUUUUGAGAGAGUCUCCAAUAUGGAAAUCAAUUGGAACAAGAGUUGUGUAGUAGGGGUGAAUUUACGGGAUGAUGAAGUGCAGUUGGUGGCUAGGGCUUUAGGUUGCGAGGUAAGUGGUUGGCCUUUGGUAUAUUUAGGUCUGCCCCUGGGGGGAAAUCCUAGAACAGAAAACUUUUGGUACUCAGUUUUAGAAAGAUUCACUAAGAAGCUAGCAGGGUGGAAGAGAAAUUAUAUCUCACUAGGGUGUAGAAUCACUUUAAUCAAGUCCACUCUGGCCAACCUUCUGGUGUAUUUUCUGUCUACCUUUAAGCUUCCUGCCAAGGUCGCCAAUAAGUUAGAAAAGCUCAUGAGAGAUUUUAUGUGGGAACCGGGUGACUCAAAAAAGGACCAUUUAGUGAAGUGGGAAGUAGUUUCUAGGAAAAAGGAAGCAGGGGGUCUAGGCAUUGGCAAUAUCAAAUUAGGAAAUGUAGCUUUGUUAGGAAAGUGGUUGUGGAGAUUUCCUUUGGAGCAGGACAGUUUGUGGCACUUGGUGGUAGCUAAUGGAUGGGGAUGCUGGCGUCAACCCUAGGGCUUCUCAUUUCUCCCCUUGAAAGCAAUUGCUGGAGUUUUGCCUUCCUUUUAGCCUUUCAUCAAAUUUGAUGUGUGCUCAGGUAAUAAAAUUCUGUUUUGGGAGGACCUUUGGCUUGGGAACACCCCCCUUAAGGAUAGAUUCCCGGUAAUGUAUUCUCUUUCCCUAAAUAAAUACAAGACUAUCUCCUCACUUUGUGUGUCUGAGGGGACUUGGGAUUUGGGUUUGAGAAGAGGGUUGAGGAAUUCAGAAUUGGCUUUUGCAGAUGACUUAUUCACUGUGUUGAAUUCAAUUUUCCUAGAUCUUUCCUGCCCAGAUAGUAGAAUUUAGAAAGAGUCCUCUUCAGGGUCUUUCUCUUGUUCAUUUUUUUCAACGCCUUAGUUCAGUUUUCUUUUGUGUUUGUCACUUUUCCUGCUAAAGAAAUAUGGUAUUCUCUUGUGCUAAUGGCUCUUCAAAAGAUCAAUACUAUGGAUGUACUUCAAAGAAAAAGGCCAAACUGGAGCAUUUCCCCACUUCUGUUACCUUUGCUUAAGAAAUGGUUCACCGCUUAUAUAUAUCUACGCUGUGAAUGAUGAACUUGAGGCCAUCUCAGUGGCAAGAUGCUCUUACAUUCUGAGUGUCAGAGCGGAACAAAAAAAUGAGUCAAGCUGAUUUGGUUAUCAUCGGUGUCUCAGUUGGUGUGGCUGUUGGCAUCUUGAUAGCAUUAUGUGCUUUUGUUGGUAUAAAGUGGUACAGAAAGCGGUUUCAUCCCCAACGAUGUGCAAGUGAGCCUAGUGUAACAACUCUCCCUAUUCGUACAAAUGGCAUAGGUACUAGUAUUGACUCUAGUGCAUCUAUCUCAAGUUCCAUAACUACUAAUGGGUUACAACACCCUGCCAAAAGUACUCAGCGCUCUUGGUGGAACCAACACAACAAGGACCUGUUUGCUUCAGCAUCUGGCAUCCCAAGAUACUCUUACAAGGAUAUUCAGAAAGCCACACAUAACUUUACAACCAUCUUGGGACAAGGAUCAUUUGGCCCAGUCUAUAAAGCUACAAUGCCUACAAGUGAAGUGGUAGCUGUAAAGGUGCUCGCUUCUAAUUCUAGACAGGGUGAAAAAGAGUUCCAAACGGAGGUACUUCUGUUAGGCAGGCUGCAUCACCGUAAUCUUGUGAAUUUGGUUGGUUAUUGUGUGGAUAAAGGGCAACACAUGUUGAUAUAUCAAUAUAUGAGUAAUGGGAGUUUGGCAAACCUUCUAUAUUGUGAAGGAGAACGGAUUUUGAGUUGGGAAGAAAGACUUCAAAUUGUUCUAGAUGUCUCUCAUGGGAUUGAGUAUCUUCAUGAAGGGGCAGUCCCACCUGUCAUACACCGGGAUCUUAAGUCUGCUAAUAUAUUGUUGGACCAAUCAAUGAGAGCUAAGGUUGCCGAUUUUGGUCUGUCCAAGGAAGAGGUCUUUGAUGGUAGGAAGUCAGGACUGAAGGGUACCUAUGGCUACAUAGAUCCUGAGUACAUGUCCACAAACAGGUUCACAAAGAAGAGCGACAUCUAUAGCUUUGGAAUUAUAAUCUUUGAACUCAUUACAGCCAUCCACCCUCAGCAAAACCUAAUGGAAUAUGUCAAUCUCGCGGCAAUGGAUUCAGAUGGUGUAGAUGAAAUACUUGAUAAGAAACUUGUUGGGAAGUGCAACCUUGAAGAAGUGAGGCUCCUUGCAAACAUUGCUUACAAGUGCCUGCACAAAAUCCCAAGAAAGCGACCAUCAAUUGGAGAUAUCUCACAGGCUAUAUCAAGGAUAAGAAAGAGGCGGCUUACCAAGGAAGACACCAUGUCUUUUGCGGGAGAUGUUUCACAAGUUGUAAGGCGGAUAGAGCAUCAACAAGUAGAGCUGAGUAAGAUCACCAACAUGAGAGAUAAUGCAGGAAUAACAUGAAGUAGUAAUUUUGUUUCAAGAUCUUUGCCCGGAUUUCUGAUGAUGAGAGAUAAUCUACAAGUUAAAGGCUGAAAGUAAAAUCAAGGGACCUGAAUUUGGGUGUCGACGAGAUUCUACCGUGCUUUCUGGGCUCCCAAAGGAAAGGCAACAGCCUUUGUUGUAUAGUCGGAUUCUGACAGUUUGUGAGCUCUCGUAUGAAGGUUCAAAAUCAUGUACAUAGAUACUCUUCUUGAUCACAUUACUCGACCAAGAGCAUCUUGGUGAUUUUCCAUCUAAGGAUCAAUAUAUAAGGAACAUUUUCUCUAAA